CUCACACACACGUUCCAUUUAUAUCCUGUCAAGUGUAGCCAACUCAAUUUAGAUAAUAAUGCUCGUUGAAAAAUAGCCUAUAGCCUAAAAUAAACAGCUACAGUAGAGUACUUUAUAGAUUGCCGGAAACAAAUGUUUUUGGUAUCAUGAUGUCAUGAGAACGCGCCAUUUGCACUCAGCGGAAUUUGUUUUGAUGGAGCUGGAGAGCACACACGGGAAAUUUGUAAACAACAAGGAAUUUGGCCACAGAUGAAAGACAGUAGCUUAACAAUAAGGUAAGCGAUGGACGACAUCAACCUCCAUUACCGUUUUCUGAACUGGAGACGGAGGAUCCGGGAGAUUCGCGAGGUAGGGGCUGUGCGGUACCGUGAGCGGUUCAAGAGGAUGCUGAGAGACGGAGACGUGCUAAGUUACCAAGGGAACUCAGAUGAGGUUGGCUGCUACGUGGCUCCAAGGCCGUUAUCCAAAGGAAACUGCUACUUUGAGGUGACCAUCAUUGACACAGGGGUGAGGGGGAUGAUUGCUGUUGGCCUGGUGCCUCAAUACUACAAGCUGGACCAUCAGCCUGGCUGGCUCCCACACUCAGUGGCCUACCACGCUGAUGAUGGCAAGCUGUACAAUGGGAACACUGUUGGACAGCAAUUUGGGCCCAAAUGUAACCGUGGCGAUCGUAUCGGCUGUGGGAUCUACCUAGAGUCGUUGGAGGAUGGACGAACAACAGUCCUCUUCACCAAGAAUGGAAAAGAAGUGGGCACGGUCGUGAUCCCAGGGUCUCCAGAGGCACUCUACCCGGCCGUGGGGAUGCACUCCUUGGGGGAGGAGGUGCAGCUGGAUCUGCAGGCUGAGUGGGGGAUGGAGGAGGACGGACUAAUGAUGGUUGACAGCCACGAGGACGAGUGGGGGCGUCUCCAUGACGUCAGGGUCACCGGGACGUUGCUGGAGUAUGUGGGUAAAGGGAAGAGCAUUGUGGAUGUGGGUUUGGCCCAAUCCCGUCUACCCCUCAACACACGCUGCCACUACUACGAACUGGAGAUCACUGACGCAGGAGAGAAGUGCUACAUCGCCCUGGGACUGGCACGCAGGAAUUAUCCCAAAAACAGACACCCUGGCUGGAGCAGGGGUUCCAUAGCCUAUCAUGCAGAUGAUGGGAAGCUUUUCCAGGGUAGUGGGGUGGGAGACGCCUUUGGCCCUCGCUGUUUUGAGGGGGACGUCAUGGGCUGUGGCAUCAUGUUCCCGCGGGACUACAUCCUGGACAGUGGAGAUGACAGUGACGACGGGGACUUGGAGGUCUGGCCCAAGCAGCGGCGAGUCCAGAACGAACUGUACAUGAACGAUGAAGACGAGGAGGAGGAUGGGGAAGAGCAGGAGGGGAGUAAAGUCAUGGUGUUCUUCACUAGGAAUGGGAAGGUGGUGGGCCGUAGGGAGGUGGCAGUGCCAGCAGGAGGGUUCUACCCUACCAUCGGCAUGAUGAGCACCGGGGAGAAAAUCAGGGUUGACCUGCACCCCCUCAGCGGCUGAGAGAGGGUAGCGACAUGAUGAUGAUAGACCAAUCCCAAGGCUGCUGUAGGGGAGUGUUUGGAGUUAUCACUCCAGUGCAGUAUCCCUUCGCUUCGCAUCACUCCUGGAUCCAGCAUGUUGCCUGGGAUGUCCUACCUCGGUUCAGUUUACUCUGGUUGACUCCUAACAUAAAAUGAAACUCAUCAUAUGGUAGGAAGAUGGAUAAUAUAAUACUGCAUGGGUGCCUCAAGAAAGUGCUUACUGUUAUCAUGGCAAUAGAAAAUACUAUAAAUGGUUCAAAGGGAGAUCAUUGGACCAAUCCCAGGUCUUUAAGCAGCAAUCAGUCAAAUCUUAUUAUCUUAACUCUAUUUUGAGAUUAUUAGGGGAAUUCAUUCAAAAUGCUGUAACAUAAAACCCCCCAGCCAAGAAAUGCAACUCUCAGGUAUGCCAAAAUCCAAAUGACUGUAACGACUAUGACGCUGUGUUAUGUUUAUUUUUUCUAAGACUCAUGAUGCCAUAUCCUUUUAUCAAAAGCACUUUAUUCUAGAUAUCGUGGAUUAUGAUGCACUACUUUUUGUUUAGCAUUUCUCUGUUCUUUCUCUUUUGGGUUAUUUUGUUGACUAAUGACAGGUUUAAAUGAAAUACUUGAUCAACAACAUUUUGUAUUUGUUUUGAUUCAUCAACUGUAAUAACAGAACUGUACUCAAGAAAGCAAUAUGCUAAAUUAUUGCAUUUUAUGAUUUCAAAAGGGAAGACCAUGCACUGUUCUCACAAAUGUUCCUUACAGAGUACCAUUUCAUUUCAUAUUAAUCACCAAUUAGGUUCAUUUAAUCUUACAGAUCAUAGAUAAGAAUGCGUCACCUAUAAAUUGUGCAAUUGAAUGCAAUGUUUAAAUACCUAACUAAAGAUGAGAAUCUAUUUCUAUACAACGGCCCGCUUUGUGUGAUUUUUAUUUUCACAACAUGUAAUUUGGCUAAUUGAGCCCGGGAUUGAAUCGGGUCUGUUAGAUCCUUACUGUGAUUAUUUUAGACUAUUUUAAUUGAAAACAAACAUAUGUAGCUUCUAAGCAAAGAGCAAUUUCUCAAGCAAGAAUUUUGCUAGGACUGUUGGAGUGGUCAGGGUAAAACUGAAAACUAGCUGUUAUUGGUAGAAAGGUUUGGAACUCUAUCUUAUUGGUCUAUUAACUAAUUUACCGCCCGAUGAUGUCACCAGGCAGGGCAAAACUCCAUCCCAUCAAAACGUCAAGCAGUCUUUUCAAACAGCUCUUACACUGAAAGAGCAUUAUCAUUUUCACAAUAUUAUUCCAAACUGUGUGGAAAUAUACAGUACCAGUCAAAAGUUUGGACUGGUACUGUUUGGGUUUUUCUUUAUUUUUUAAACUAUUUUCUACAUUGUAGAAUAAUAGUUAAGACAUCAAAACUAUGAGAACACAUAUGGAAUCAUGUAACUGAAAAAGUGUUAAAUCAAAAUAUAUUUUAUAUUUGAGAUACUUCAAAGUAGCCACCCUUUGCCUUGAUGACAGCUUUGCACACUCUUGGUAUUCUCUCAACCAGCUUCAUGAGGAAGUCACCUUGAAUGCAUUUCAAUUAACAGGUGUGCCUUGAUAAAGUUAUUUCUUAAUACGUUUCAGCCAAUCAGUUGUGUUGUGACAAGGGAUGGGUGGUAGCCCUAUUUGGUAAAAGACCAAGUCCAUAUUAUGGCAAGAACAGCUCAAAUAAGCAAAGAGAAAUGACAGUCCAUUACUUUAAUACACAAAGGUCAGUCAAUCUGGAAAAUGUCAAGAACCUUAAAUGUUUAUUCAAGUGCUAUGAUGAAACUGGCUCUCAUGAGGACCGCCACAGGAAAGGAAGACCCAGAGUUACCGCUGCUGCAGAGGAUAAGUUCAUUAGUUACCAGCCUCAGAAAUUGCAGCUCAAAUAAAUGCUUCACAGAGUUCAAGUAAACACACAUUUCAACAUCAACUGUUCAGAGGAGACUGCAUGAAAUCAGGCCUUCAUGGUCGAAUUGCUGCAAAGUAACCACGAAAAGGACACCAAUAAGAGACUUGCUUGGGCCAAGAAACACAAGGACAUUAGACCGGUGGAAAUCUGUCCUUUGGUCUGAUGAGUCCAAAUUUUAGAUUUUUGGUUCCAACCGCCAUGUCUGUGACACAAAGUAGGUGAACGGAUGAUCCCCGCAUGUGUGGUUCCCACCGUGAAGCAUGGAGGUGGUGGUGGUGUGAUGGUGCUUUGCUGGUGACACCGUCUGUGAUGUAUUUAGAAUUCAAGGCACACUUAACCAGCAUGGCUAGCGUAGCGAUACGCCAUCCCAUCUGGUUUGCGCUGACUGGGACUAUCAUAUGUUUUUCAACAGGACAAUGACCCAACACACCUCCUGGCUGUGUAAGGGCAAUUUGACCAAGGACAGUGAUGCAUCAGAUGACCUGGCCUCCACAAUGACCCGACCUCAACCCAAUUGAGAUGGUUUGGGAUGAGUUGGACAGCAGAGUGAAGGAAAAUCAGCCAACAAGUGCUCAGCAUAUGUGGGAACUCCUUCAAGACUGUUGGAAAAGCAUUCCAGGUGGAGCUGGUUGAGAGAAUGCAAAGAGUGUGCAAAGCUCUCGUCAAGGCAAAGAGUGGCUACUUUGAAGAAUAUAAAAUAGAUUUAGAUUUGUUUAACACUUUUGGUUACUACAAUUCCAUAUUUGUUGUUUCAUAGUGGAUGUCUUCACUGUUAAUGUAAAAAUAAAAAAACUCUUGAAUGAGGGGUGUCA